UGGAAUAAAUUUAGAUUUUUAACUCAAACCCUGUUCAUUCUUCUAUUAGCCAUGUCGGAAUUGAAAACAACAGCUGAGGCGGCUGCCUAUUGUACCAAAGAUGAUCGUUGUGUCGAACCAUUUAAGAAUUUGGCCCGCUAUGACCAUUAUCGUAUCUAUAAUGUGGAACUGGACACGGAGGAGCAUGUUGAGCUGUUCAAGAAAUUGGAAGAACAAAGUGAUAGUUUGACAUUCAUUGGACAUGCUCGUGAGGUGGGACAAAAAUUGUCCAUACUGGUAGCUGCUCACAAAGUGGCUGAUAUGGCCGAUUUAUUGGAACACUACAAGGUUAAACAUCGUAUUUUGACCUACAACUUCCAGAAGAAAAUCGAUAAAAAUUACGCCUCUGUUCUGCCUGUGGGUACAGAUCUUUCGAAAUUCGAUUGGUAUCAUUAUUUCCAUUUGGAAACAAUUUACGAAUGGUUAGAAUCACUUGCCAAAAAAUACCCAAAUGUUGUCAGCAUUUUGGAUAUUGGCACCAGCACCCAGGGUGUACCCAUUAAGGGUGUCAAAAUAUCCCAUAAACCGGGCAACAAAGCCAUUUUCAUUGAAGCCGGAAUUCAUGCACGCGAAUGGAUUGCACCAGCCGCUGCCACUUAUCUCAUAAAUCAAUUGUUAACCUCCACAGAUGACUCAAUUAAAUCUUUGGCCCAGAACUAUAAUUGGAUCAUCUUACCCAGCAUUAACCCGGAUGGCUAUAAAUACACUUUCGAACAUGAUCGUAUGUGGCGUAAAAAUCGUCAACUUUUUGGUACCGCCCGUGGUGUUGAUCUCAAUCGUAAUUACCCAGAUCAUUGGAAUUCCACCGGCAGCAGUAGUGAUCCAACACGUUAUGAUUUUGCCGGACCCUCGGCGGGCUCGGAAGUGGAAACGCAACGUAUCAUCAAAUUCAUUGAAGAGAAUGUCGAAAAGGAACAAAUUAAAGCCUAUUUGGCUUUACAUUCCUAUUCACAAAUGAUCAUGUUCCCGUAUGGUUAUACCAAGGAUCGCGUGGAGAAUUAUGAUGAUCUUAAGGAGUUGGGACAAAAGGCCACGGAAUCAAUUAAAUCGCUGACAGGCCGUGAUUAUGUUAGUGGCAGUAUAAUUGAAACGAUUUAUCCCUCAAGUGGUGGAAGCAUGGAUUGGGCUUAUGCUGAGCAUAAAAUACCAAUUGCCUAUACAUUUGAGUUGCGUGGCCCACCCGAUAGCCAGGAUAUGUUUAUACUGCCGGCAGAGGAAAUUCUACCAACAUCUCAAGAAGCAUUUGCUGCCAUUAAGACCAUUAUUGAAGGUGCAGAAGCCAAGGGUUAUUUUAAAUAAUUU